ACAGCUCGACGAGCAGCCGCGCACGAGCCGGAGAGCCGCCACAAUAUGCUGCUGCUGACCUGCUUCGCCGUUCACCUCGAGCCGCGCCUCGCCACUCGUGCCCACGCAGCGCCGCUGUUCGACCCGCUCGGUCUGGAGCAGGUGCAGCCGACCGCGCAGGCUCACCACCAGCUGGUGCCUGCUGGCGGUGCCAUGGUGGCGGCGCUGGCGGCGGCACGGCCAGAGGCCGCGCUCGCAAAGGGCGGCGAGUACGGCAUCUUCGAGGGGCGCAUCGUCUCGCUUGCCCACCCCGCCGUCAUGGCGAUGAUGUACGCGGCGACCGCCUGGGCCGCGUUCACCGGUUACCAGUGGAGGCAGCUUCGUGAGAUCGGCAACCAGAUCACGGAGCUCAAGGACAGGAAGAAGAAGCAUGAAUCGCAGCUGAAGGUGCUGGCCGACGGAGAGGCCGAGGCCGCACCUCCCGCCCUCACUGCUGAGCUCGCCUCGCUGACGUCCCAAAUCGACGAGCUCACCACGACCCGCAAGGAGCUGGCCUCGAGCGAUCUCCGCGCCAAGCACUACCAGGUUGGCUCCGUGAUCCUUGGGCUGGGCACCGCCUUUGCGAUUGAGGGGCCCGUCAACACCUUUCUGCGCGCGCAAAAGCUCUUCCCAGGCCCGCACCUCUACGCCGGCGCCGGUGUGGUUGUCUGCUGGGCGAUGGCGGCGUCGCUCGUGCCGCUGAUGUCCAAGGGCAAGGACGCGGCCCGCACGGCGCACAUCGCCUUCAACGUGCUCGCGCUCGGCCUCUUCACGUGGCAGCUGCCCACCGGCUGGGACAUCACUCUCAAGGUGAUCAAGUUCACAAAGUUCCCGUAGAGGAGGCAGCAGGCAGGGAGAGCCGACCCUCGGCCCCUCGCCCACGACCCCUCUUAGCUGUGGCCACUUGCCCGCGCGCGCUCCUGCCACGCGUUGCGUUGGUGUGUCGACGCCCGGACGGCGGGCAGUCCGCACCCUCGCCUCGCAGCGCGCGUAUUAUGUUUUAUGUGUCGCACACACGCAAGCGUCACCGAACCGCGAACGCAGCCGCGUGGACCGGGAGUCGGAUCCUCUUGCGUCUUGCUCGCUCUCUUGGUGCUCGGAUCCUCAUGCAUGUGUCAUUGUCGAUUGUCGUGGCUCGUCGUGUGUUGAGCACACUGCCCCCUGGGCAUCGAGCUCUUUGGGCCAUUACUUGUUUCCUCA